AUGUCGAUGUACUAUUGUUAUUCUUCAUCCCCUCCACCAAGUUCUUCGGAUGACGAUGAAGUCAAUGAAUUGAUUGAUGAAGCGGUGAAUUAUAUUGUCCAUGAAUAUGUUCCGAAAAAUUAUCCACAAAAACACAUCCGAAAUCGCAGUAAGGGAAGAGAGUACUAUGAACGAGAACGAGAAGUCGAUCACAAAUCCCUCAUGAGGGACUACUUUGGAGAAAAUCUGACCUAUCCAGAUUAUAUGUUUCGACGGAGGUUUAGAAUGUGCAAAAACGUAUUUCUUCGACUAGUGAAUGCAGUUGAGGUGCAUGAUGAAUUCUUCCAUCAAAAUAAAGAUUCCACAGGUCGGUUGGGUGUGUUAGCUUUGCAGAAAUGCAUGGCAGUAAUGCAUAUUCUAGCGUAUGACACAUGCGCGGAUAGUGUCGAUGAAUAUUUAAGAAUGAGAAAAAGAACGACAAUGAUUUCUCUUCAAAAAUUCACCAAAGCUGUCAUUGACACCUUUGGAAGGCAAUAUUUACGCAGGCCUACUCGAUUGGAUUUAGAAGAACUAUUGCGCAAAGGGGAGCGGCGUGGAUUUCCAGGAUCAUAUAACGACAUUAACAUCCUUCAUAAAUCAUCGGCGUUCGAUGAUGUUCUGGAAGGUCGAGUACCAGAUUCCAACUUUGUGGUGAAUGUCAAUAACCCUUCCCAGACACCAAAAGAAAAAUUGUUUGCAAAACACCAAGAGGCUGCUAGAAAAGACGUUGAACGUGCAUUUGGGGUGCUUCAAGCUCGAUUUGCAAUAAUUCGUAAGCCAUCGCUCGCAUGGAAUCGAGACGUUAUUAGCAAAAUCAUGAUGGCUUGUAUCAUUAUGCACAACAUGAUAGUUGAAGAUGAAAGAGACACAUAUGAUGGUUAUGAUAACCCGUAA